AAUUACUUUAAUAAGAUGUCCCACUAUCGGAAUUCGGCUGAAAUUCCGAUCAUACUUGUAGGGACACAAGAUGCCAUAAGUGAAAGCAGUCCGCGCGUUGUGGACGACAACCGCGCUCGUAAACUGUCGAAUGAACUACGGAGGUGCUCUUACUACGAGACGUGCGCAACGUACGGCUUAAACGUUGAACGGGUGUUUCAAGAUGCUUGUCAGAAGAUCGUCGGUACGAGGCUAUCGUCAUCCUCCCAGUGUCUAUCUGGUGGUUCGAGGCCGGUUACUCCACAGCCGCUAGCGAACUCGCCAAGCCAUAACCAUUCCACAUUCCUUUAUAAGGACUCCCUCCCACGCGGUCACCACACACUAUCCGCGUCAUCGCACCAUCUACACCGAGGCGCGUCUUCCUUUGACGCCUCGUCAAACAGUAGCGGUAUAUCAUCGACCCACGUAGUUGAAAUACACAGUACAAACGGUUCAGAUACUUCAUCGAGAUGGGGAAACUCCCUCGGAAGCCACGGUUCUUCAUCAGGCCUCGUUUCCAUAGCAACGGAGAAUAACAACGUUAAGUUUACAGCCCCACACUGCCUAGACAAUCUCCAGUCGAAAGACGUAAAAGAUUUACCGACGCCUUCGUCUACUCCAACAACCUCAAGGAAGUCUAGGAGAAGAUCGAAUCUCUUUACUCCAUCUAAGAAGGGAGAUGACAGGUUGAAGAAUGGUGAGCUCGGCUCCGGUAGAGCAAUUCCGUUGAAACAGGGUUACUUGUACAAAAAAAGUAGCAAGGCGCUGAAUAAAGAGUGGAAGAAGAAAUAUGUGACGUUGUGUGAUGAUGGUCGACUAACUUACCAUCCCAGUUUACAUGACUACAUGGAAGAUGUCAACGGCAAAGAAAUAUCACUGCAGUAUGUAACAGUAAAGGUUCCGGGGCAGAAGCCUCGGGGGUCCAAGUCAAUUAUAACCACCGUGCCCGGUUAUAACGGAUACACCAGUAUGGAUAUACACGACAGUAUUGGAGGGUUGUCUAUAGGUUAUAAAGAAAAACCAACCCGAGCUACCGAUAAAGCGCUACUCUCAGCGUUUGAUACAAUGAAGGAGCCUGCGUCAAGCCGACAGUCUCUAGCUUCCGAAGUAGACGUUUGUUCUACAAAUGGAGCAGAUAAAGAUACACCACACGUCAAGAAGAGGCACAGACGAAUGAAAAGCAGUGGUGUUAAGAAAGAUGGGGAUGAGGACGCAGAAAGCGCUACUUCGUGUGAGUUCACGAUUGUGAGCCUGGACGGGAAGCGCUGGCGCUGGGAGGUGGGCGGGGGCUCGCCCGCCGCCGCCUCCGCCGAGCGCGACGCCUGGGUGGCGGCCGUGGAGGCGCAGAUACUCGCCUCGCUGCAGGGACGGACGUCCCGACAGCCGAUGCCUACGGGGGCCAAUUCAACGGGUGAUGUGCGCGCCACCUACUACAUUCGCCGUGUUAAGGGCAAUGACAAGUGUUGUGACUGCGGGGCGCCCGAUCCCGACUGGGCGAGUCUAAACUUGGGAGUGCUGAUAUGUAUCGAGUGUUCUGGAAUACACAGGAACCUCGGCUCGCAUAUAUCGCGGGUUCGAUCCUUGGACUUAGACGAGUGGCCUCUGGGUCACGUGAGUGUGAUGGUGACAAUGGGUAAUGCUCUGGCUAAUUCAAUAUGGGAGGCUGAUCUCCGCGGACACAUUAAACCCAUAGCGACGUCGACGAGAGAGGAAAAGGAGAGAUGGAUCCGGCUGAAGUACGAGCGGCGCGCGUUCGUGUCGAGCGAGCCGGCGGCGGCGGGCGCGGACGGGCUGCGCGGCGCGGGCGCGCGCGGCGCGGUGGGCGUGCUGGCGCGCGCGCUCGCCGCGCCCGCCGCGCCCGCCGCGCCCGCCGCCACCGAGCGCGCGCUGGCGCUGCGGGCCGCCGCCGCCGCGGGACAGCUGGCCGCCGCGCAGCUGCUCAUCUGGCACAAUGGCAACCCUAACUUCCCGGACGCAGAUGGUCACACUUGUGUUUUCUACGCGCGCGCAGCAGCUAACCAUUUGUCAGGAAUACCCACUCAGUACCCCAAAAACCUUCAAAUAACCUGCCCCCUCCACCCCAACCCCCCAAAUAACUCAGGAACAAAUUCUAGUUCCAAUUCUAGCACAAAAAGCACAAAAACCCCAGAAACGGAAUGCAAUUGCGUCAUUUUCGAGCUUCUAAACGCUCAAAGUGCUUCGAACGCGCUAGUAGAAAUACUUAUUGGUCUACAGAAUAAUCAGUACAUGAGUAAUGGAUUUGAUUCGUUCAGUCAAACUUUAGGAAGGCCGUUAGGACCUAACCUAUCUCUAACCAACGGUAAAUGCGGGAGUAUUGUGUAAUUAUAUUGUUUUUAUGUUAAUAUUCUACGUUUUGUAGUAUAGUUUUGAUGGCUUUGAUAUCUGGUGGUUGGUUGGUACUACUCAUAAACAUGAACCAUGUCAUAUGUUCGUCUAUUAUUAAUCAUUACAAUUCAAAGGUUUGUCAAGGAUGUAUAAAACCAAUAAACAGCAUUUUUGUUCAAAUCUACUUAUCAAAUGAUUGUCUGAUAAACUUGUAUAUCUGGUUAUUUCAGUUUAUUAAUAAGUAAUAAAACACAAAACAGAAUUGACCUUCAAGCCACCAGAAUUCAAUCUUAUAAAUGUAUUAAGUUUUUAAUAACGAAUUCUAUACGAAAUUCGACUGAUGUCUAAUAAAUCAUACAUAGUUACCAAAAUCACCGAGUAUACACAUAUAGUAUUUGCAUAAUUAAUAGUUAAAAUAUAGCUUAAAAAAGCUUUUAGUUUUUAAACUAAUGUAAGUAUUUCAUACAGAGCUAAAUAAUUUAUGUCCAUAUAUAUUUUUUAAUUAUUUAUUCUGUACAGACUAAAAAUAUAAAGCCGAUGUUCAUGAUCAUACUUUUUUUUCAAUAAAUUUGAACACUACAAGUACACUGUUUUUGUGAUUUUGUUUAGGCUUGGAUGAGCUGCUAGUAGCUCGACCAAUACAUAUUAAAUAUUUUAAUAAUUGUACUUAGGUGCUAUGAUUUUUUUUUUUGUACUAAAAUUUCUUGUAAAUGUACUUUUUGGUGCUCAUUUAAUUUUAUUUAAUUAAAAAGUGCUGUUAAGGUGAUUCGGUUUUAAAUAUUUUGUAAGUUUCGAAUUAUUCCAAGGAUUUUUUUUAAUUUACGAGACAAGAUAGAUUUAAAACAAAGGUCGUCUGUAUAUGAGAUUUUGUCUACUGAAUAUUUUUUUCUUGCUGUUCUUUGUCAUAAAGCAAAAAGUGGUUUUACCAGACUCUGUUGUAUAAACACAUACUUAGAAAAAUUUUAAAACCAUAUAUUCGUUAUUUUGAUACAUUUUUAUGAUUUUAACGAAGUAGGUUUCAAAUAAUUUAAAAGAGUUCUUUUUUAAUUAAUAUUGUCCAGUGGGAUUUGAAUAUGUUUGUGUGAUUGAAAUGUGCAUUUUUCAUGAAAUAAUUGUGGUCAAUUUUAAUUGUUCAAUUGUAUGUGUAAAUAUUGUUUAUAUACCUAAUUAUUGAUUGAAAUCAAUUUUUUAAUAAAAAAAAUAUUAAAAUUAUCCAUCUUAACGUUAUUGUUCACUUUUUAACAAAAAAAUUCAUUGAAAAAAAUGAAACCGAAUUUUUGGUUUCAUAUUUUUUUGAAAUUUGAGCCAAUUUUCUCUUAAAGUUUUAUCUUUGCACAAAUAAGUAUCAAUGAUGUGACACCAUCGACAAAUUUAAUAUUUAUUAUAUUAAAAUGUCGUUGUACUAUUUAUUGAUGCUAUUAUUACCGACAGUUGCUUUAAUCGUUUAUUUUAAUAAAUUUUUUUUUUUCUAUCAUAAUGUUAUAAAUGAUAUCAUUCUAACAUAUGGUUUAUCGAGUAGAACAAUGAACGUACUUACGAAGAACAAAUUUUUAGCUUAUUAUUAAAUUGUUAAUAAUAUUAACUACAACAAAAAAAAAUUAAAAUCUAGUAAUAUAGUAAGUUAUCGACAAUCUAUUUUGAAGGAAAAAAAAUGAAAUUGCAGUACAUCAUUGUUCUUUCAAACGAAAUAUCCAUAUUUAAUAUUAAACCACAUUACUUAAAUUUAAUGACACAUGUCUCAUAUCGUAAUUACCUUAAAACGCAUCACACUAUGUUAAUAUUAGCGGAACGUUCCGAAUUUAUCGUUAUUUUAUCGAAACGGAGAACGCACAUCACUACUAAAUGAAAACUCACGAUUAAUAUCUGUCUACCCUCCGUUUUGAUAGAUUAUCGAUUUUAACGUAGAUAUAGUGAAAUUUUUAUUAGAUAUAAUAUAAAUUAUUGAAUUAGUAUACAAGAUCUCAGCUCAACGCUAUCCGUAGGAUAAAAUAUUAGUAUAAUAAUUUUAGUGGUAAUUAUUGUCGCUUUUUUCCUGAUAUCCCUUGGGCAUUGGAACUAAGUAAAGCCUUGGUUCUAAAAUUCGAUUUAAAAUCGAUUUACUUUCACCCACAAUAUAUGUAUACCGCAUCAAAGCUGUUUUGAUUAUCAUUUUUAAAGUUCAACUUCCGUGUUACACUACGCCUCAUAAUGAUCAAGAGUAAUUUUAAAAUUUAAAUUGUUAUUUUUCAUCGAAUUUGACGUACCGAGGUAAAUAAAACAUUCCAUUUCUUUUUAAAAUGAUUUGAACCCAAGGGAUUAUAGUGGAUGUGAUAUUCCUAAGGUUUCCCAUAUAAGCCAAAUGUACUGAACCCUUCUGUGCCUGUUCUACGUAGUCUACGCUUUAUACUGACAACGUUAUAGGCCGGCCACUUGAUAUAAGUCUCCCGGCCUAUACGCUGUUGUAGAUACUUCGUACUUUAUGAGAAAUUUCAAUUAGGAUAUACAUACUCGGUUCAUACUCGGAUUGUAUAAAGUGACACGAUUUGUCUUACAUUAUAAAAUUAUUUACGUUUUCUUAAUUAUUUUUUUUUUCUCUUUCGAUGUUUCUUUGUGUAUUUCGUGGUCGAGAUAUAUUUCUUGUAUAAAAUAAACCGUUUCCAGUAUUCAACAGAAUGUACGCCGUUAAACACUAGUUAGUUUGUUUUUUUUUUUUUAAUUUUUGUCCGAUUCGUUGAAAUUUUAUUGAUAAUUUUAAAAUCGUUACCUUGACAUUUAGUUUGCGAGUUUAUAUUCACAUAAUUUUUGAAUGUUUUUUUUUGUGUAUAUUUUUUUGUACAGGCCAAAGAGCUUAAAUUGUAAAUAUAUCGGCGCAGUUGCUGCUACUGUAUUCUAGACCUUCGUUACUGUAAUUAUUAAGAUUUGUUGAUGUUCUUGAUCUUGUGAAAAUAAAGUGGAUAAUGAAAAUGA